AUGAACAACAGUAAUAACAAUAGAAAUCGUCGUGAUUCUAACAGAAAUCGCGAUUCGCGAAGAAGUCGUUCAAGAAGUCCACGCCGCAGCGGCGGUGGAAAUCGAGGUGGAGAUUCUCAUUCGACCAACAAUAAAAUGGUGUUUAUCACCAACAUUUCAUAUGAUGUUCGUUGGGUCGAUUUGAAAACUCUUGUUCGUGAAAAAGGAGGCGAGAUUGUGUUCUGCGAAUUGUUGCAAGAUCGCAACGGAAAACCAAAAGGAAAUGCUGUUGUCGAAUUUGAGACACGUGAAGGAGCUGAAAAUUGUGUGAAUAAUUUGGGAAAAUUCGAAUUCAAAGGACGGAAUAUUAUCGCCAAAGAAAUCAGGGUCCGUCCGAAGUUACAUUUUCCUUGAUUUUUGAAGUUUUUGGAACCGGAGCUAUCAGUUUAAUUGAAAAGUAUUGGACUUGUGCGGGGAAAUGGUUUUUCGAGAUAUUUGUCUUCAGAAGCUUGUUUCUCUUGUUUUCAAGUGUUUCCGGUAGUAGUCGUUUUGGAAUAAAUGUACUAUCGAGCCAUGAAAACCUAUAACGCGGAAAAAUGGUCUGCAUUGUCAAAAUAUUUCGAUUUCUCAAGUAGUGAUGUGUUUACUUCGAGAGAAUCUUUCAGAAAACCCGCAUUCUGAGGAUUUGCCACGUCAUAACUAUGGUAUAUCAACAUUUUUAUCGAAAUACCAAUUAUUUUCCGCACAAGUCCUACGAAAUUCAGUCGAAAGCUAUUUUAUUUGAAAAAACUGGUAAAUUGUUCGUAAAUGAGUUCUCCAGUGUUUUGUCAUUUUACAGCUUAUUGAACUCUGAAGUUUAGUUUUCGAGUUGUCGGAAAUUCAAAUGUUUGAAAAAUGUUUUCCUGUCAGAAAAUUAUUAAUUCAUUCCGAAUUGGCGCUCCAAAUACUGUCUGCCAAAAUUUUAGUCGACCAAACUACAAAAAUUUCUAUCAGCCCGGUUCCAAAAACAUUUAUUUUUGCAUCUUUCUCACAUCUCAUUCCAUUUUCGUAUAGGAUCCUCCAGCAUUCUUCCGUACUAUCAAAAACGAGACGGGAAUCGAUUAUUUGGCAAGAACUGGUGGCGAAAUCACAGGAACUGGAAAUGGACACGGUGGACAAGGUGGCGGUGGAAAUCGACGAGAUGAUCGACAACCAAGAAGUGGAACUUAUGAGCUUUUCGGUUUGAACAUGGAUUUCCUCCGACAACAUAAUAUCGAACCACCACUUUGUGAACGUAUUUUCAUCGCCAAUGUAGGUUUUUUCUUGUUGAAAAAUGAUUGUUUCGGAUCUCAUGGGAUUUUCCGAUUUUCUCACUUUUUUUCAAAAUGAAAUCCAAAUUCCUACCUGAUACUGAUUUUGAAACGUGACAUAUAUUUUUGGUAUUCGGAAAUUUAAUUCUUCUGUUUUCAUUUUCAAUAAAACUCCCGAAACAAAGUGGGUUUAAUCAUUUCUAAAUUUCCUAGUUCUGUAAUUUUUGCUAUUUUUUUCCAUAAAAGUUUGGUGUUUUUUACACGUGGAUUCGUGCUGAUUCAGGGUAAUGCGGUUAAUUUUAUUCCAAAGUAAUAAGAGUUUUAGACCAACAUUUCAAGUUUUGUCUCAAUAAAUUAUAUCUUUGGGUUUUGCCAUGUGGACUUGUCUUUGUGAAAUUAGUUUUUUCAAUUUAAUUCUCUACAGUCUCGAAUUUUUCCCAUACAUGAGAGAACUUUUUCAAGCUUAAAUUAGAAUAACCUAGUUUUCCAAAAAAAAGACCCCCUUGAUCCGAAAUUUGUUAUUUCUAGACCUUUGUCUAUAAAUUUGCCUGAAAACUGCCAUCAAAUUGUUGUUCUGAAAUCUGAAAAAGGAAACAUCUUUCUGAAAUGUUCUGGAGAGUUUCCGAUUUUUCUGGUGCCCAAUUCAUAUUUUUUCUUUCUGAAAGAUUCAAAAUAUAUUUUCCGAAAUCCACGAUUUCCAGCUUGCCUUCAAUGUUGGAACCGAAAAAAUUUACGAGGUGUUCGGAAUGGCCGGAAAAAUUACAUGGAUGGAUUUCCGAAUCGAUAAAGAAGGAAAAUCAAAAGGAGUUUGCGUUUUGCAAUAUUCUCAUCCAAUCGAAGCGGUUCAAGCUAUUGCUAUGUUAAAUGGUCAGAAGUUAUACGAUCGAAAUCUCGUCGUAAAAAUGGAUCGAUUCGAGAAAAAUGAGCAAGAAUUUAAAGAUGGACAUCUUCCGAAAGGAUUGACAUCAAUUGGAAUGGGUUUGGGAGCCGAUGGUGCACCAUUGGCUAAUGUUAGUCUGGUAUUUGGCGGAGGAAAUGAAUCGGCACCAAUUCAACAACAACAACAACCUCAACAAGCUGCUCCAUUUUCUGCACCGAUUCCUCAGAAUUUCGGAGGCGAUUCUUCAUUCUCGAGACAAAGUUUGGGUGGAGUUGGAGGUGGAGGAAAUCCAUUCGCCGCCAAUACAAAUUCGUCGAACUUCAAACAAGAGACAGUUUAUGAAGCCAGCUUUGGAAUUGGAAAUGGUUCAGGAGGAAUGGGAGGUGGACAACAAAGUGGUGGAAGAAUUAUUGUUAUUAGAAACGUUAGUUUUUUUUGGGGAAGGUAAUGGUCGGUUUUUUAACAGAAAAAAUACACAAAACAAAAAAUACCAGUUUUGCUUUUGCCACUUGUACUCGAAUCUAAAUUGUUUACCUGCAUUUAGGAAAUAUCAGAAAUUCUUAAAAUAUCCCAUUUUCAGCUUCCCAACGACUACACUUGGCAAAUUGUACGCGAUCGAGUUCGUCAAUUUGGCGAUGUUGAAUCGGUUGAUAUGAUUAGCCCCGGAACAGCCAGAGUCAGAUUUGGUGGAUUCACCGUAAGUUCUUUUGUUUUUUUUUUUAAAUUUUUUACCCGGCAUUCUCAUAAAAUCAUCAAGCGUGUGUCUGAAAGCUUUCAAAAUUUGACUACAUUUCCCGAAAAUCUUCAAAUAGUAAUAUAAUAAUCACCAAAACUCUAUUUUCAGGACGCCGAACGUGCAAGAACUUCGUUGUUUGGAACAACUGUCGAAGGACGUGUUAUCAAUGUGGAAUUUGUUUGAAAAUCCCAAUUGUUUUGACUAAAAUUUCCUCUGAUCCUCAAAAAUUAUAUCCAAUCAACCCGUUGUUUUAAAAACUUUUUACUUUUUUUCUGUUCACAUUUUUUUCUGAUUUAUGAAAUAUUUUGUUUGUAAUUUUUGUCGUGUGGAAUUUUCAUUUAAAAAAGGCGUGUGGAAUUCAAUUUUUUUUUUUAAUUUAAAAAUCUCAUUCUUGGCAAAUGAAAAAAAAUUUAAAUUUUUUCUCAAUUUUCAUAUACGAAUUAACUACGUGGCAUUUUUAAAGUAAUGAAAAACUUUUUUAUGAAUCUGAAACUCACAAAAAGUUAAACAUUUCCAGAUUUUCAUAAAAACUCGGUUUUCAAAAAUUAUUUUAUUAUUAUCAAGUUACUAAAAGUUCCAAAUUCGUGAGUUUCAGAGACAAUUUUAGAAAUUUUCUGAAAAGUUAUAAUUUCUAGACUCGAAAAUUUUUUGAUCUUCAAGUCGUUGCCGAUAGAAAAACCUUGUGAUCAUUGAAAAUCUGAAGGGACUUCUCACACACUUCCUUCGUGCAGAUGGAAGAACUUUAAAGGUUGGCCUAGAAACCGACAACUGUUUUGCUAAUUUGUUUCUCUUCCAUUUUUUAUUUCGCUUUUUCAUUUUUCGUUGGAAAAUUUGGGAUUUUCGCCUAUAAUUUAAGAUUUUUGAGAAUGUAUACGUUGUUUUUCGAAACUCACUUGAUUUUCAGUCAAUCGUUCGGCAAAAAUCGCAAUUUUUCAGUUUAAAAUCACAAUGACAUCGGGAUUUGUUUCAACAAAAGAAUUGGACGACGAAAAAGCAAAGCGGCAAGAAGAAUGGGAAAAAGUUCGAAAACCUGAUGAACCGAUGCUGGCCCCAGAACCACAAAUUUGUAAUCAGACAUUAUUUGAGCAGUUAAGGAAUAAUAAAGAGGUGAAAGAUGCUGAAAUGGAGGAAGCUAAGAAGUUUAGUAAGUUUUUCGAAAGAUUAGGGUCAUAUCGGAAAAAUUGAAGAUCAAAUCAUGUUUUCUGGCUGAAAACCAUAAAAAUAAUGUAUUAUAAGCAUAUAAUUAUAAAAAACUAUCCUUUUUGGCUUCAAAAUCUAAAAUUUUAUGUGUUUUUUACCUAGAAUCAUGAAUAUUGUACACUUUCGUAUACCUUUCUUUGUCCUUAAAUUUAUAGUUUAUUCCAGAAAACAUGAUUCGCGGAAUUGACGAAGAUGAAAGCGAUUUUCUGGCACAAAUCGAUUCCGCAAAACAAGAGGCAAAUUUGUUGAAAAAACGAGAAGAGUUGGAAAUGUUGAAGGAAAUGGCAAAAACGCAGAGUUCGGCAGCGAGUUCGUCGAAUUUGGUGCCAAAAAUGACGCUGAAACCAAGUGGAGAUGGUGGAAAUUUGGGUGGAAUCAAAUCAAAACAAGCAUCGAUUUUGAGUCAGGCAAUUAAGAGGAAAACCACGUGGGUUUUAGAUAAAGCUUAAGAAAAUUAAUCGAUAUUGUGUUGAAAAUCAAGUUUUUAGUAGUGAAAUCGUGAAAUGUGUUUAGUUUUGAGCCAAAAUUCCGUAUUGGGAUCAAAUUCCACGCCGAAAAAUGUGGGGCUCCUGAAAUUUUGAUAUUUUUAGUGUGAAUUUGACUAGAGAAUUUUCCACCAAAAAAAGAUCAAACAACUUCCAGAUCAAAGGACGAAUCGCCGUCAGCUGAAAAAGUGCAAAAAACCAACAAUUCCGAGCCAGUUUUACAGCAAGUUUCAGCGAUUCAAGGACUCAUUGAUUAUGCUCCAUCCAGGUUUGUGAGAGUCUGAAAAUUUUACUGAAAAUAUUAGUUUUUUUUGCUGAAACUCGCUUAAAAUGAUAGAUUCUCAACAUUUGAAAUUAUUUUUAUUUUUGCAGCGACAGCGAAUCUUCUUGUUCUGAUUCUGAUGAUGAUGACGUGGCAAUUGGUGCACUUCGAACACAUCCGAGACAGAAAAAACAGCAGCCGAAUUGUGGAGAAUAA